UUUAAGUUGAGCCUAAAGCCGAUUAGGGUCGGUUCUGCUUUCAGCGUCUGUUCACUCUGUGUUUUUUUUUCUUUAUGUUAUUGUGUGCACUAGAUGAUCAAGCGUUUACCGAGCUCUUUGUGGACUUAAGCGCGCUUUUGUCGCAGGGGAUUUACUCUUCUGUCUGUUUGUGCGUUUCUCACGGAUCGGAUAUUCCUGGAUUAUCUUUCUUUAAAUCCACUUUUCUUACUUUUUUUUUUUCGGUCUGUCUCAGAUGAUCAUGGGUUCAUGCAAAGCGGCGUGAGACGUCGGGGUGGAAGAUGCAGAAAAGUGUGCGCUACAAUGAGGGGCACGCACUUCAUCUCUCUGUGAUCGCGCGUAAAGAGGGAACCAAACGCGGCUACCUGAGCAAGAAAGCGACCGAGAACAGUCGCUGGAAUGACAAAUACUUCGCUCUGUACCAGAACAUCUUGUUUUACUUUGAGAAUGAGCAGAGCACCAGGCCGACAGGGAUUUAUUUACUGGAAGGGUGCACCUGCGCGCGCGCCUCAGCCCCCAAAGUGUCUACAGUCAGCCGAGACAAUCCUGAUAAACAGCAGCACUAUUUCCUGGUCAUCUUCGGCCAUGAUGGGCAGAAACCUCUGGAGUUGCGGGCCGAAGAGGAUACAGACUGUACUGAGUGGGUGGAAGCCAUUCAGCAAGCCAGCUACUCUGACCUCAUCAUCGAGCGUGAGGUGCUCAUGCAAAAGUACAUCCACCUGGUGCAGAUCAUGGAGACAGAGAAGGUGGCUGCUAAUCAGCUCCGCACACAGCUUGAAGACCAGGACACAGAGAUCGAAAGGCUCAAGACUGAGGUUUUGUCCCUGAACAAAGCAAAGGAGAGAAUGUUACCUUGUCAUUCCAAUCAAGAAGAGGAUGACCCUGAUAUAAAGAAAAUAAAAAAGAUACAAAGCUUCAUGCGUGGCUGGCUUUGCCGGAGAAAGUGGAAGAUCAUUGUUCAAGACUACAUCUGCUCACCCCAUGCUGAAAGCAUGAGGAAGAGGAACCAGAUUGUCUUCAACAUGUUGGAGGCUGAGACUGAAUAUGUGCUCCAACUGUCCAUCCUGGUUAACUGCUUUCUGCGGCCACUCAGGAUGGCUGCCAGUUCCAAAAAACCUCCAAUUGGUCAUGAUGAUGUUAGCAGCAUUUUCCUCAAUAGUGAAACUAUAAUGUUUCUUCAUGAGAUAUUUCACCAAGGCCUAAAAGCAAGACUUGCCAAUUGGCCAAGAUUAGUUUUAGCUGACCUCUUUGAUAUAUUGCUGCCGAUGUUAAACAUCUACCAAGAAUAUGUGCGGAACCACCAGUACAGUCUUCAGGUUCUAGCUAACUGCAAGCAGAACCGGGACUUUGACAAGCUGCUGAAGCAGUACGAGGCCAAUGCUGCCUGUGAGGGCCGAAUGCUGGAGACAUUUCUGACCUACCCAAUGUUUCAGAUUCCUCGAUAUAUCAUCACUCUGCAUGAGCUGCUUGCCCAUACUCCCCAUGAGCACGUAGAGCGCAAGAGUCUGGAGUUUGCCAAGUCAAAACUGGAGGAGCUGUCCAAAAUGAUGCAUGAUGAAGUGAGUGACACUGAGAACAUCCGUAAGAAUCUUGCCAUUGAGCGCAUGAUUGUGGAGGGCUGCGACAUCCUCUUGGACACCAGCCAGACCUUUGUACGGCAAGGCUCUCUCAUCCAGCUGCCUUCAGUGGAAAGAGGCAAACUGAGCAAAGUGCGCCUGGGCACACUGUCGCUGCGCAAAGAGGGCGAGCGCCAGUGUUUCCUCUUCACCAAACACCUCCUGAUCUGCACCCGCACCUCCAGCGGCAAGCUGCAUCUGCUCAAACAAGGAGGCACUCUGUCUCUGAUAGAGUGCACUCUCAUUGAAGAGCUAGAUGCCAAUGAUGAAGACUAUACUGCUGCAGGUCAGAGCUUUAGUCAUUUAGAGUUUAAGCUGCUGGUCGAGCCAGCUGAUGGGCCGUCUUUCUCAGUAGUCCUGCUGGCACCGUCUCGCCAGGAGAAAGCUGCCUGGACCAGUGACAUCAGCCAGUGCAUCGAUAAUAUUCGCUGCAAUGGCCUUAUGACCAGUGUUUUUGAAGAGAACUCCAAGGUCACUGUGCCUCACAUGCUCAAGUCAGACACACGGUUGCACAAUGAUGAUGUGGAUAUUUGCUUCAGCAAGACACUCAACUCAUGCAAGGUGCCGCAGAUCCGCUAUGCCAGCGUUGACCGUCUGCUGGAGCGGCUCACUGACCUCCGCUUCCUCUCCAUUGACUUCCUCAACACCUUCCUGCACACAUACCGCAUCUUUACCACUGCAGCUGUGGUAAUGGACAAGUUGAACGACAUCUACAAGAGGCCUUUCACCUCCAUCCCCGUCAGGGUUCAGUACCUCUCAUCUGACCGUUUGUCCAUCUCCUCCAUCUGUCCAGACUACAGCCUGAAGAUCACAAGGCUUUCCUUGGACCAGUCUAAGUCUCUAGAGCUCUUUUUUGCCACUAACCAGGGCCCGUGGGGCACUGAGCUCCUGAACAACAAGUCCCCCCGAUUGUCACGCAAGUUCUCUACACCUCCUCCUCUCUCAAUCCCUUCCCGGACAUCUUCACCUAUGCAUUGCCGUAAACUGUCACUCACUUCACCUGUAAGUGGGGGUAAAGCCAUGGCUCUGGAUCUCUCAGCCUCGUCCUUGGCGGUCAGUAGUCCCACAUCCACCUGCAACCCCAUGGUCUCUUCUCCACCACCCAACUAUACUAAGGCUCCACUGGACCUGAGCAAGGGCCUCAGUUCACCUGAGCUAGGCUCCACCACACCAGAGGAAGGUGGGGAACUCCCACGUAUUGAUGCUUUCUGUAGCAAGCUGAGGAGGAGCGUUAAGCGAAAUUUCUUAGAGUCUUUGUCAUUUGACAAGUUCAUCCCAGAGACACCUACCUCUGUUGAGUCAGGAGACUUAUCUCUGUGCAGCUUGCCCUCUACCCCUUCCUCUACCCCACGACACCCCCGUUACAGACAGCCAGGAGGUCAGUCCAUGGAGAAUUUGCGCUGUACAGUGUCUCCUGCCUCCGCCUUUGCCAUCGCCACAGCAGCAGCUGGACAUAGUGGCCCUCAAGGUUUCACCAGCCCAGAGAAGUCAUACGACAAGGAGUUUCUCAUUCGCCGGGCGGCCACAAACAGGGUGCUCAACGUCCUGCGGCACUGGGUUUCCAAGCACUCGCAGGACUUUGAUAUGAAUGGUGAACUGAAGGCGGGAGUGAUCACUCUGCUAGAGGAAGUGCUGAGGGAUCCUGACCUGCUACCUCAGGAAAGAAAAGCCACAACCAAUAUACUAAGUGCCCUUUCUCAAGAGGAACCAGAUGACACGCAGCUUAAAAUCAAAGAUGUUCUCCAAACGGCUGAAUACCCCAAAAUGGAGUGUUUUGAUUCUCUGUCUGCCAUGGAGCUGGCUGAGCAAAUCACCUUACUGGACCACAUUGUGUUCAGAAGUAUUCCCUAUGAGGAAUUUCUUGGCCAAGGAUGGAUGAAAGUGGACAAAAAUGAAAGAACUCCUUACAUCAUGAAGACUAGUCAGCACUUCAAUGAUAUGAGUAAUCUGGUGGCAUCUGAGAUCAUGUCCCACACAGAGGUGAGCUCCAGGGCCAACUCAAUUGAGAAAUGGUUGGCAGUGGCCGAUAUCUGUCGCUGCCUCAACAACUACAACGGAGUGCUGGAAAUCACAUCUGCUCUCAAUCGCAGUGCCAUAUACAGGCUGAAAAAGACCUGGGCAAAAGUCUGCAAGCAGACUAAAGCACUGAUGGACAGGCUGCAGAAAACAGUGUCUUCUGAAGGAAGAUUUAAAAACCUAAGGGAAACCCUGAAGAACUGCAAUCCUCCAUGUGUACCAUAUUUGGGCAUGUACCUAACAGACUUGGCAUUUAUUGAGGAAGGUACACCAAAUUUCACAGAAGAGGGGCUGGUCAAUUUCUCCAAAAUGAGAAUGAUUUCUCACAUCAUAAGAGAGAUACGACAGUUUCAACAGGCCCCCUACAGGAUAGAACAUCAACCCAAGGUGACACAGUUCCUACUUGACAAAACGCUCGUUAUGGAUGAUGACACUCUAUAUGAACUGUCUCUAAGGCUUGAACCAAGACUCGCACCUGCCAACUGAAGUCAAGUUUUAGCACUUCUGCUGGACCAUGCUGGAACAUAGCAUAUGGACAAAAAAAACUUCCUAUUUUGGCAGCAGGCCAGGGAACGCUUAAGUGAAUGUGGAAAUGAUGAGAGAUCCUGCUUAUCUCUCCAGUCUGUUCAAGAAGUCAGCACAUAACUUUUAUACAGUUCAGGCCAAAAGUUUGAAUACACCUAGGCUAAAGAUAUUAAAUCUUUUUAUAUAUAUACACUUCAUGUUAACAUUCAUUUCUAUUGGCAAGCCAUUGAAGCCAUUGCCUUUUUGCCCUUGAUACCAUUGGAAAAUCCAAGAAACUCAGCAAAGUUCUCAGGAAAAAAAUUGUGGACCUCCACAAGUCUGGUUCCUUGUGGAGUGGAGCUGAAGGUGCACUAUAAGGCCAAAGGUUUGUGGACACCUGAUUAUCACACCCAUAUGUGGGUCUUCCACAACCUGCUGCCACAAAGGUGGAAGCACAAAAAAUUUAUCUGGAAUUGUCUUUAUACUGUAUGUUGUAGCAUUAAGAUUCCCCUUCACUGGACCUAAGGGGCACAAACCUGUUUCAGCAUGACAGUGUCCCUGUGCACAAGGUCCAGAAAGACAUAGUUUGCCAAGGUUGUCGAAGAACUCAAGGGACCGGAGCAGAGCCCUGACCUCAGCUCCACUGAACAAUGCAUUAAUCCUGACUGCGCAAUAGGCCUUCCUGCUUGACACUAGUGCAUUGUUCAGGAAGGAGGCACAGACUAAUUCCCAGGGAUGAACAAACUUUGGCCUGAAAGAUUCAACAAAACCACAACAAAAGAACUGGUAAAGGAGUUGGAGGCAUCAGAUACCAGAGUAUGUACAUCCACAGUUAAGAGAGUCCUACAUCACCAUGGCCAGAAAGGCUAUUGCAUAAGGAAGAAGCCCCUAGUCCAAGACUGGUCUAAAAAAAGCCAGACUGAAGUUUGCAGGUGAUAACCAGCCUAUUGGAGGAGUGUUCUCUGGUCAGAUGCAACAAAAAUUGAACUGUUUAUCCAUAAUGAUCAGCGCUAUGUAUUGAGGAAAAAGGGUGAGACCUUUAAUCUGAAGUGAGGCUUUUAAUUUUUCAUCCCCAUUGUGAAGUAUGGUGGUGGCAGCAUCAUGUUGUGGGGAGUAUUUGCUGGAAAAGGGACUGGUGCCCUUCAAAAAAAUAGAUGGCAUCAUGAGAAAGGAAGAUUAACUAGAAAUACUGAAGCAACACCACAAAACAUCAGCCAGAAAGUAUAAACUUGGUCACAUCUGGGUCUUCCAGUAGAACAAUGAUCCUAAUCAUACCUAAAAAAAAAUUAACAAAUUGACUUAAAGAUGUCAAGGAGAAAGUAUUGGAGGGGCCAUCAAAAAGCCCUGACAGAAAAAAACCUGAAAAAGUAUGUCUGAGCAAGAAAUUGAAUUUUACUCAUUCUGUCAGGAGGAAUGGGCAAAUAUUCCAGCAAAGUAUUGUGAGAAGCUUGUCGAAGGUUACUCCAAGCAUUUGAUUCAAGUUCAAGCAAUUAAAAAGCAAUGCCACCAAAUACUAACAAAGUGUAUGUAAACGUCUGACCCACUGAAAAUCUGAUAUAGUAAAUAACAGCUGUAACAAAUCUGCCUCUUAGCUAUUAUAUGGAUAUAAAGUAGAUACCCUUACACAGGACAUGUAUACUAACAUGAAAUGUAUGGAGUUGUGAAGAAUUGAGUUUGAAUGUUUUUAUCCCAGGUGUAUGUAACCUUUUGGCCUCAACUGUACAUAGAUACAUCAAUUUCAUUAUACUGUUUCUAUUGUCAUCUUUCUUAUGAGGUAAUAUUUAUCUGAAAUUUAAAAUGUUAGAUAUAGUAUAUUUUCUAUUUGAAUACUCAGGUCAUACUGUGCCUUUUUUUCUGAAUACAAAAUAUCUGUGUAAUUCCAAAAAGGUCCAUUUCAUACUCGAAGACAGAGUGAUUUGGAAUUUCUUACAUUUUAAAAUGUUUGGCACUGAAAGAGGAUAUCAUUAAGAGAUAUGCUGAAACACAAUGCCUUAGUGAAAUAAGGUACUGAUGGUAUGACAGACCUAAAUUUUAUAAACAGGGUCACAUUUCAA